AACAUUAACAUAACCUCAAUGUUGAACGUCAUUCAUUUAUUGUCACCGGUCGUUUGUUUUGCUGAAUUUGUUUAUUGAAUUAAUAUUUAUUUAUUAGUUUGAUUGAGCGAAAAUAAGUAUAAAUGAGUUAUUUGUGAACGUAGAAAGAAUAGUUCAUCAGAAUGACUACAAAUCCGAGGAAAGGCACGGACCCCGGCCCGUUGGAAGAGAGUGAUCAACUCACUAUCAGACCAUUAGGUGCUGGACAGGAAGUAGGCAGAUCGUGUAUCAUGUUGGAGUUCAAAGGAAAGAAAAUAAUGUUGGACUGCGGAAUCCACCCAGGCCUAUCAGGAAUGGAUGCUUUACCAUUUGUGGACUUGAUAGAGGCUGAUGAGGUUGAUUUGCUGCUUAUAUCUCAUUUCCACCUUGACCACAGUGGAGCUCUACCGUGGUUCCUCACUAAAACAUCAUUCAAGGGCCGCGUUUUCAUGACACAUGCCACUAAGGCCAUCUAUAGGUGGCUCGUGUCGGAUUACAUCAAAGUCAGUAACAUAUCAACAGAGCAGAUGCUGUACACAGAGUCUGACUUAGAGAACUCCAUGGACCGCAUAGAGACGAUAAACUUCCACGAGGAGAAGGACGUGAGAGGAGUCCGGUUCUGGGCUUACAACGCUGGUCAUGUGCUGGGCGCGGCCAUGUUUAUGAUCGAGAUCGCUGGAGUUAAGGUCCUAUACACCGGAGAUUUUUCUAGACAAGAGGACAGGCAUUUGAUGGCUGCAGAAAUUCCUACGGUACACCCCGAUGUGCUCAUUACGGAAUCCACAUACGGCACUCACAUUCACGAGAAGAGAGAAGAGAGGGAGAGCCGUUUCACGGGGCUGGUGAGCGAGAUAGUGAUGAGGGGCGGGAGGUGUCUCAUACCGGUGUUUGCACUUGGCAGGGCUCAAGAGCUAUUACUUAUAUUAGACGAAUACUGGUCCCUACACCCGGAGCUUCAAGACAUACCCAUCUACUACGCGUCGUCUCUAGCCAAGAAAUGUAUGGCCGUCUAUCAGACAUACAUCAACGCUAUGAACGACCGGAUCCGGAGGCAGAUCGCUAUCAACAACCCGUUCGUUUUCAGGCACAUCUCCAACCUUAAGGGUAUCGACCACUUCGAAGACAUCGGCCCGUGCGUGAUCAUGGCUUCCCCCGGGAUGAUGCAGUCGGGGCUCUCCCGGGAGCUGUUCGAGUCCUGGUGCACUGAUCCCAAGAACGGAGUCAUCAUUGCCGGCUACUGCGUAGAAGGCACUCUAGCCAAGACGAUACUCUCCGAACCCGAGGAGAUCACGUCCAUGUCUGGUCAGAAACUGCCUCUGAAGAUGUCAGUGGACUACAUCUCGUUCUCAGCUCACACCGACUACCAGCAGACAUCAGAGUUCAUCAAUAUACUGAAGCCGCCCCAUGUCGUGCUAGUCCACGGGGAACAGAACGAGAUGUCCCGGCUGAAGGCGGCCUUGCAGCGGGAACACCGCGGCCGCCUCGCCGUCCACACGCCGCGCAACACGCAGCUGCUGGCGCUCACCUUCCGCGGGGACAAGACGGCCAAGGUGAUAGGAUCGCUGGCCAUGCAAACUCCGAGCCCCGGGGAUGUUCUGCAGGGGAUCCUGGUGAAGAGGAACUUCAACUACCACAUCCUGGCACCUUCCGAUCUAACCAAAUACACGGAACUGACCCAAUCGGAAGUGACCCAGCGGCAGUCGAUCCACUACGCGGGCUCCAUACCCCUCCUCCGGCACGUGGUGUCGCAGCUCGCCGGCAGCAUCGAGUUCGUCAGCGAGACCCGCUGGAGGGUCUACGGGUGCAUCGACAUGACCGUGGAGAACAACACUAUCACUUUGGAGUGGCAGGCGCAGCCGGUGUCGGACAUGUUCGCGGACGCGCUGGCGGCGGCGGCGCUGCGCGCGGCCGCGCUGCCCGCCGCGCGCGCGCAGCCGCUCGCGCACAAGCUCGACCGCAUGCACUUCAAGGAGUGCGUGAUUGAGAUGCUACAAGAGAUGUUCGGCGAAGACUCCGUGCCGAAGAUGUUCAAGGGUGACAAGUUGUACGUGCAGGUGGACGGCAAGCGGGCCGAUAUAGACCUUAUGUCUAUGGAGGUGACGUGCCCCGAGGACGAGUCGCUGGAGCGCGUGGUGCUGGGCGCCGUCCGCAAGCUGCACGCCGCGCUGGCGCCCGCGCGCGCGCACUCCGCUUGACGGGGCGCUGCGCACGCGCACCAGCCAGACCAGUCAGAUCACCAAGAUGGUAGUCACUAUGCGGAUGACGCGAGGCAGAACUGUGCGAGAAGGAGAAGGAGUGAUGACGUGAAGAUGCCGUUCGAUUACAAGUUGAUAGACUUAUGAUGAAUAAAGUGAUUUUCGGGUUUUACUUUAUAAUGGGAAAUAGUCGUACUGUAAUGAAUUAAGGUUAUUUUGAUUUGUAAUUUAAGAUAAGUGAACUGCAUUUUAUAAUUCAAUGUAUAAGAACAUAAGUAAAUAGAAAUUCAAAUUAUUACUGUCCCUGUACGCUAAGCCAUUGAAAUACUACAAUAAAAUAAACACUCCUAAAAUUCUCUGUCAGACCCAAUGGUUGACUGGUAGAUAUCGCUUCUAGCAUUAAGUCCACCAAUUGUGCUAUACAUUUGUAUUUUGUGUAUAAAUAAAUGAAUAAAAAAUACUUUUUAUGCUAUAGAAUAUGUUCUUAUCAUCAUCAUCUAAAUCAUACCAACGUAGAAAAGACGACUAAGGGAAAAGGAAGAUGCAGGAUUAUGAAAAGUUAAGGCAUAAUAAUAAUUUAAUUGUUGGUAAAUAUUUACUUAUAAAAGAAAUCGAUGGAGAAGGACUCCAUCAGAAAAAAGUGAGGUUUGUUGUUUAUUAUGUAUACAUUAGUACAUAUAAGUAGAUAUGAUUGAAUUAAAAGUAUUUUUUUUAA